UUCACCACAUAUAAUAUAAUAAAUUAUAUAAUUAUUCUAGAGGACUUGCAAGGUGUAGCAGGACUCCUUUUUGUAGAAAAGCAGAGAAAGGUGGACAGAAAGAAGUAAGAGGUUUGUUGAAGAACAGCUUGCUGCAGUGGUGGUGAAUAUGCCCGUCAGAGGUAACUGUUUUGGGGCAGGCAUGGGCAGGCUGGCCGGACAGCCACUCUGGAUGUGGGUGGUGAUGCUCUCUGCUCUGCUCAUGGGCAAUGCCAGUGCCUGCCCAGCCCUGUGUACCUGCAGUGGCACCACAGUUGACUGCCAUGGACUGGGACUCAAAACCAUGCCAAGGAAUAUCCCCCGCAACACUGAAAGACUGGAGCUGAAUGGGAAUAACCUCACACGCAUCACCAAGAGUGACUUCGCUGGACUCAAGUACAUUCGAGUUCUGCAGCUGAUGGAGAAUCAGAUUGCUGUGAUCGAGCGUGGGGCUUUUGACGACAUGAAGGAGCUGGAGAGACUGCGGCUGAACCGUAAUCAACUGCAGCAGCUUCCUGAGUUACUGUUUCAGAAGAACCCUGCCCUGUCUCGACUUUAUGAGCUGUUAGGGUCUGGACUUGAGACUCUGGAGCUCAGCGUUGGAAGUAACCCAACCAGACCCAAACACAGCCUCUCCAUCCUUAAGCAGGGAGGAGAGAGGGGGAUCGAAACCCUUCCCAACAUCCUCCAAAGCAGUAAGAAGCAAACUACCCACACAUGGGCAUGUGCUGCCCAACACAUGCCCAGCAAACCCACACGCGUCCAUUCUGAGAGCUUCAUACUUAGCACACCUCCAGGCCUUUUGUUCAGGAGACUCCACAGGCUGCAGAGCGGAUGCCACAUAGUAGCUAAACUUGAAAAACUUGGUGACUAUGCGUUUCACUGUAUAAAGAUGACGCCUCGAGGUUACUGA